UCAGUGACAGUCAGUGGUCAGUGUCACCCGUGUAUAUAUUUUGUGACUGUCACUAUCCAUGACUGUCAACAGCCGUCAGUUACUUGAGGUUGACAAAAGGACACAAGGGAUACCCCUUUUUGAUUUUAGAAAUUCAUUUGCUUAAACGUCUUCCCAGUAUUAUUGAGUAUUUUAUUUAUAUUGCAGAUAAAUUAGCACUUUUCGUUUAGACGUAACAUAUCGAAAAGAUGUCCAAGAAACGUGGUAACAAAAAAGUAAACUUAGAUGAUGAUAUUGAAGGUGGGUCUGUAAACGGGGAUAUUGAAAGUACCAGCAACAAACCAACAAAAAAUAAAAAUACUAAAAAGGGAAAGAAAGGUAAAAGAGAUGAUUGGAGUGAUGAAGAAAAUGAUGAUGAAACAGUCAAACGUUCCAAAGUCCCUGAAAAUGCACCUCAACAGGCUGCAAAGAAAAAGGCUGCUAAAAAAGGCAAAGGGAAAAAGGAUGAUUGGUCAGAUAAUGAAGAUGUAGACAUGAAACUAUCUGACGGUGAUACUGAACCAGCUCCAGUGAAAAAAUCUGCUAAGAAGAAUAAGAAAAAGAAGCAGGUACUAGAUGAUGAUAAUAGUGAUGAUGAGGUACUAUCGGUUUUAAAAAAUCAUAGUGAUGGAGUAGAAUCAGAAGACGAAAUGCCCAAGCCAGUCAAGAAAUCAAAUAAGAAAAAGAAAAAACAUGAUAGUGAAGGUGAAAUAGCAUCUGAGGAAGAUAUUCCUACACCUGUGAAAAAGCAGGACAAGAAGAAAGGGUUAGAUAGUGGAGAUGAUGAAAAAGAUGAGUCUGAUAAUGAAGAAACACGUAUGGAAGACAUAGAGCAUAAGAAAGAUGACAAAAGCAAAGUAAAAGAUAAUGGAAAACAAGAGAAGAAGAGUUUGAAAAAGAAACAGAAAGAUGAAAGUGAAGAUGAAGAACCAAUGGAAAAAGGAACAGACAUUGAAACUAAGAAAGACCAAGAAGAUGCUUUUGAUGAUGAGGAUUUAGAAGAACAAAAAAGGGUUAUAGAAAACAAUAAGAAAAAUAAAUCUAAGAGUGAAGAAACUGAAAAAGCUGGAGAUGAUGGAACUGACGAAGUUGUAGAGAAGUUAGCAUCUACCAAAAUUUCAGAAGCAAGCACAGAUGAUUCAAAGGAAAAGAAAUUGACACAUAGAGAAAAGAAGAAACUGAAAAAACAACAGGAUUAUGAGCAGCAAAUGGAGACUAUGUUAAAGAAAGGAGGACAAGGCCAUUCAGAUUUAGAUAGCAAUUUCACUGUAUCCCAGAUGCAAAAGACAUCAGGACAAAUGGCAGCCUUGGAAAAUGCUGUUGAUAUUAAAGUAGAGAACUUCAGUAUAUCUGCAAAAGGAAAUGAUUUAUUUGUCAAUGCAAAUCUCAACAUUGCAGCAGGUAGACAUUAUGGUCUAGUUGGACCCAAUGGGCAUGGCAAGACUACAUUGCUACGUCACAUGGCCACACGUGCUUUUGCUAUACCUCCCACCAUUGACAUUUUAUACUGUGAACAAGAGGUAGUUGCUGAUGACAACACUGCCGUCGAAACUGUGCUGAUGGCGGACACGAAACGGACAGAAUUGUUGAAUGAAUGCCAAAAACUGGAGGAAGAACUGCAGAAUAAUGGUGCUAAUAUGGAGGCCCAGGAGAGAUUGAAUGAGGUUUAUGCUGAAUUGAAGGCAAUCGGAGCUGACAGCGCCGAACCUAGGGCUAGAAGAAUCUUAGCUGGUUUAGGAUUCAGUAAAGAAAUGCAAGACCGAGCCACGAAAAACUUUUCUGGUGGUUGGAGAAUGAGAGUGUCACUAGCCAGAGCACUCUUUGUAGAACCCACUUUAUUACUGCUUGACGAACCUACCAAUCACUUGGAUCUGAAUGCUGUCAUUUGGUUAGAUAACUACCUGCAAGGGUGGAAGAAGACGUUGUUGAUUGUGUCUCACGACCAGUCGUUCUUGGACAACGUUUGUAAUGAAAUUAUACAUCUGGAUAACAAGAAGCUGUACUACUACAAAGGUAACUAUUCGAUGUUCAAGAAAAUGCAUAUGCAGAAAAAGAAAGAGAUGAUAAAAGAAUAUGAAAAGCAGGAGAAACGUUUGAAAGAGCUGAAAUCGUCAGGAUCAUCUAAAAAACAAGCGGAAAAGAAACAGAAGGAAGCUUUAACAAGAAAACAAGAAAAGAAUCGAUCAAAGAUACAGAAACAAGAAGAAGAUGUGACAAUGACUGAAUUACUGCAGAGACCUAAAGAUUACUUGGUGAAGUUUCGAUUUCCUGAACCUCCACCACUUCAGCCACCAGUUUUGGGCCUGCAUAACGUCACGUUUGCUUAUCCAGGGCAGAAACCAUUGUUUGUGGACACCGAUUUUGGCAUUGACAUGAAUAGCCGAGUAGCUAUAGUCGGUCCGAACGGUGUUGGAAAAUCUACGUUCUUAAAAUUACUCACUGAAGAUCUGACACCUCUAAAGGGGGAGGUUAAAAAGAACCAUAGAUUGCGGAUUGGACGUUUCGAUCAACAUUCAGGUGAACAUCUGACAGCUGAAGAGACUCCGUCAGAAUAUCUGAUGCGACUAUUCGAUCUGCCCUACGAAAAGGCGCGCAAACAACUGGGUACGUUCGGUCUAGCCGGACAUGCACAUACGAUCAAGAUGAAGGACCUUUCUGGUGGGCAAAAAGCCAGAGUAGCUCUAGCAGAACUUUGUCUGAAUGCACCUGAUGUGCUUAUUUUGGAUGAACCCACCAACAAUUUAGACAUUGAAUCAAUUGAUGCCUUAGCAGAAGCUAUCAAUGAAUAUACAGGAGGUGUUAUCAUAGUAUCCCACGACGAGCGACUAAUCAGAGAAACUGGCUGUGCAUUGUAUAUAAUUGAAGAAAAGACAAUCAACGAAUUAGAUGGAGACUUCGAUGAUUAUAGAAAAGAACUAUUGGAAAGUCUUGGUGAAGUUAUCAAUAGCCCCAGUAUUGCAGCAAAUGCGGCAGUGGCCUAACUUACUACCAUUUCAUUUGUUAUAAAAUCACUGCCGUCAUGGUUAUGAAUGAAAUUCUACAUAUAGAUUCAACAGCAGAAACAUCCUUUGUGGCGGCAUCUUAUCCUGGAGGCCGGGAUUUUGUCAGGCAGGUUUUCCUCCGUAGAGGAAUUCCGCUACUAGGUCUUUCACCUAUCAUACCUUCUCUGGCGCCAAACACGUUUACUCAAUACAAUAGCUACUACCGUAAGUGGUGGGGUUUUUGCAUGUCACAAUCAAAAUCGCCUUAUACGUAUUCGUUAGAUACGCUGAUUUUAUUUUUAACAGAACAAUAUAAUGCAGUAGCGUCAUACUAUACUCUAAAUUCUCAAUAUUCUGCCUUAUCCUUUGUUUUUUCGAUGGAAGAUAAAGAUAAGAAUUUUUUCAAGCGGUUUUUGAAAGGAAUAUAUAGACAGAAACCUCUGCAACCUAAAUACCAGAUAACAUGGGACCCUUCGUUAGUUCUGGACUAUUUAGCAACAAUGUACCCUCUACCUGAGGUAGCGCUGCCCCAAUUGACCUGUAAGCUAGUAACUUUACUAGCUCUAGUAACCGGUCAUAGAAUACAAGCAUUGACUAAAAUUAGGACUAGAAAUAUUACUCGUUUUAGCAAUAGGCUAGAAAUUAAGAUACCAGAUUUAAUAAAGACAUCCAGUCAUUCUACUUGUCAACCAUUGUUAGUUGUUCCAUACUUUACUGACCACCCUCCGCUAUGUUUAGCCUCAGUAAUUAAUGAUUAUAUACAAAGAACCCAGACCCAUAGGUCAAGAAAACAUUAGCGGAAAGUGGAGUGGAUAUAAAUUAUUUUUCCAAUCACAGUACGUGACACGCUGCGACUUUGGCCGCCUAUAGGGCUAGAAUUUCAAUAGAAGUCAUUAGGAAGGCUGCUGGAUGAACCCAAAAAAGUAACACAUUUAACACUUUCUAUAAUCGCCCUUUUAGUUCUGACUCUACAUGAUUUGCUAGAAGUGUACUUAGUAGAGGUAUAAAGUAG